GCUCCAAACACCUCAUCCACACCAUCACGCCCAUCCCUCCAUCUCUUCGCUCUCCGACCAGACCCCGAGCGAACGCAAUGGCUUCCCGGCGGCUCGCAUUGAACUUGCAGCAGAGUCUGCGCAGCAAAGCCGCCAUCAAUGCCGUCAAGGCGAAGAACGCCUCGCCCUUGACCAGAGGCCUUGCGACACCAGUGACCUACGGCUCCCGGACCGAGUCUACCACUCUCAAGAAUGGCUUCACGAUCGCUACCGAGCACUCCCCGUGGGCGCAGACCUCGACCGUCGGUGUUUGGAUCGAUGCCGGAAGCAGAGCGGAAACAGACAAGACCAAUGGAACGGCACACUUCCUGGAGCACCUUGCUUUCAAGGGCACCCAGAAGCGCACACAGCAACAGUUGGAGCUUGAGAUAGAGAACAUGGGCGGCCACCUUAACGCCUACACCUCGCGCGAAAACACCGUCUACUAUGCCAAGGCACUCAACUCGGAUGUCCCUGCCGCUGUCGACAUUCUUGCAGAUAUCCUUCAGAACUCCAAGCUCGAGCCCCAGGCCAUCGAGCGCGAACGCGAUGUCAUUCUGCGCGAACAGGAGGAGGUUGACAAGCAGCUUGAGGAGGUUGUCUUCGACCAUCUCCAUGCCACCGCUUUCCAGGGUCAGCCGUUGGGCCGCACGAUUCUGGGACCCAAGGAGAACAUCCAGAGCAUCCAGCGCUCCGACUUAGAGAACUACAUCAAGACCAACUACACGGCCGACCGCAUGGUUCUUGUUGGCGCCGGUGGUGUCCCCCACCAGCAGCUCGUCGAUCUUGCCGAGAAAUACUUCGCCAACCUCCCGUCUGAGCCCGUCGACUACUCCGCCAAGGUUGUCGCUCAGGAGCAGAAGGCUAAGCCCGAUUUCGUCGGCUCCGAGGUCAGGAUCCGGGACGAUACCUUGGGCACCGCCAACAUUGCCAUUGCUGUCGAGGGUGUCAGCUGGAAGGAUGACGACUACUUCACCGCACUGGUCACCCAGGCCAUCGUCGGUAACUGGGACCGCGCCAUGGGCCACUCUCCCUACCUUGGCAGCAGGCUCAGCAGUUUUGUCUCGGCCAACGGCCUCGCCAACAGCUUCAUGAGCUUCUCCACCAGCUACUCGGACACGGGUCUCUGGGGUAUCUACCUCGUCUCCAGCACCCCCACCCGUGUGGACGACCUGGUGCACUUCACCCUCCGCGAAUGGUCGCGCCUCUCCAUGGCUGUGACCCCAGCCGAGGUCGAGCGUGCAAAGGCCCAGCUCAAGGCCUCCAUCCUCCUCUCUCUGGACGGCACGACCGCCGUCGCCGAGGACAUUGGCCGCCAGAUCAUCACCACGGGCCGCCGGUUAUCGCCCGAGGAGGUUGAGCGCGUCGUCGGCGCCAUCACGGAGAAGGACGUGAUGGAUUUCGCCAAGCGGAAGCUCUGGGAUCGCGACAUUGCCAUCAGUGCCGUGGGACAGAUUGAAGGGCUUUUGGACUACCAGAGGGUCAGGGCGGAUAUGAGCAGGAACUUUUCAUAGACGUGUGGAGGAGAGUGAGAGUGGUGUAUAAAGAGGGCGGGGUAGAAGUAGGAGGUAGUGAGUGGAGGGAGCGUGGGGAGUGACUCGCAGCAUCUGUAUUUUGUGUGUAUGUGUACACGUAGUGAUACUAGAAAGAUUUUCUUUGUGACUGUGAGAAGGGUGAGCUUUCGUCCUGGAUAUAUGCCUGUGUGUGUGUUUGUGUGUGGGGAGAGAAAAGUGCUGGAAGUGCAGUUUUGAUAUUGGGAGACGAUUGACAUCCUCUUAAUGUGUCAUCAUGUCCUCCGGUGCCGUUUCUUGACAGAGCCGAGGAGGAGAAGCCCAAUUCAUC